AUGGUGAGGUCAGGCCAGUCACUGCGAGAAGUUGAAAGACACUUUCAGAAGUCCAUCAGUAUCCUCUCACGACUGUGGAACCUCUACAGGCAGACCGGCGAUGUUGUCAUGAGCCGAAAUAGUAUCAAGGGACCAGAUCUACUGCAGAGUGGAGGGUCUCUGCUGGUUACAAGUCAUGGAAGUAUUGAAUGGCUUGUCACAGGGACAACGGAAACCAGGUGUCCUAUCAACAUUUACAAGUUUCCCUUUGAUACUCAGACUUGUGUUGUUGUAAUACGUGGAUGGUUCGGGUUCUACAACAACAUACGUCUCUCCAGUGAAGCACAUGUUGACAUGAAAGAAUUUAAGGAAAAUAGCGAGUUUGAAAUUUCCCCUGAAGACAUCACUAACAUUGACAGUGGUAAUGAUGGACCGGUAAUACGUAUAACAAUCCAUUUGAGACGACGCCCUUUGUUCUACAUCUUCACCGUCCUGCUCCCCGUGGUCCUCCUCUACUCCCUUAACCCCUUCGUGUUCCUGCUGCCCUCACAGAGCGGAGAGAAGACCAGCAUGGCCGUGUCUGUCCUCCUCAGCUUCCAGCUGUUUCUGUCCAUCAUCAGGGACUCCCUGCCUGAGAACUCUCUCACCGUCAGCCUCUUCAGCCUCUACGUGACUCUGGCCAACUUCACCAGUAUAAUCAUCGUUGUAUUGAAUAUCCUCCUGCUCAAAAUGAAAGACGCCCUGUUAUACAUCUUCAACAUCCUGCUUCCCGUUGUCCUCCUCUACUUCCUCGACACCUUCGUGACCCUACUUCCCUCACAGAGCCGGGAAAAGACCAACAUGGUCGUGUCUGUCCUCCUCAGAUACGAGCUGUUUCUGUCCAUCAUCAGGGACUCCCUGCCCGAUAACUCCUUGACCGUCAGCCUCUUUAGUGUCUACGCGUCUCUGGCCAACUUCACCAUUGUUGUCACCGUCGUUGUCAAUGUCCUCCUCCUCAAAAGGAAAGAUAAGCUUCCAGCGAAAUAG